CUUUGUUGAUGUGGUUGCAAUUGAUGCGAGUGCAACUCUUGUUGAUUUUCACCAUCCAUGGGUGACUCACCAAUAUUCAAGGGUACCUGUUUUUGAGCAGCGUGUUGAAAAUAUAGUUGGCAUUGCAUAUGCAAUGGAUGUAGUUGAUUUUGCUCGGAAGUGAAGGGUGAGCAACUUGAAAGUUCUACUAUGGGAGACAUGGCUCACAAACCUGCCUACUUUGUGCCUGGAUCAAGGUGGAAUAGGAUUGGGAAAGGAUAUACAAUUUUGGGUUUUUUUUUUUUUUUUUUUAAGUUUUUAACAUUUUCCUUUAGCUAUAACUAUUGUGGGGGUUAUGGCACCUGAAUCCACUGUCAUCAAUGGACCCUCCUUCAUUUCUGGAUCCAAGUGCUCCUCUUUCAUGCAACACAAUCGAAAUUUGAAAUGAUCAAUGAAAUUUUCAUCCAAAAGUAAUCAUUUCCCGUGUCGUGUAGUCCUCAAUUGUUUCAAUCCAUCCAUUUUUGGUGGAAUUUACAAUUCGAGAUUGCGGAGACCUGGCAUUGUUGGCAGCAGAGCUCAUCUAAGAUCGUUAAGUGAAGAAAAUAAUGAUCUGGGUGGUGACCAAGGUGAGGUUUUAGUAGGCCUGGAUUUGAAGUCUUUGAAGAUUUUUCUAAAGCAAGGAGUCUUUAUUUGGCCAACGCUUUGUUGUCUUUUGGUUUUCGAGUGCAAGAGAGUGCUUGCGACGGAGGGAGUGGUGAAUGCAGGGUACGAAGUGGUUGUCAAUGGCAGAGACUUCUAUAACUACACUGUGGCCAUGGAGGGUUUGCUUUCUUUGUCCUGUGAUUUCGGCUUCAGUCCCUCUCUCCCACUUGGUCACUUGCUUUUAGCAACAUCUUCCUCCCACCCGAACGGAAGUAACCUCCCUUCUGUGAGAUGAAGGGACAUUGUCAGCAUCAUAGACUCAACUCACUUUCACCUCUUUAAUAUCAUCAUGGUCAGUUGUGCAUAUGACACUGUCUCUGGACCAUAAAUUCUCCAAUAUUGGAGUCUGAAUGGCCUGAACCUGGGUAUUCCUGCUCUGCAUACUGACUUCUCUUUUGAGUGUGCAUUGAAGAGGCAGCUCUGACUGAAAAAGAAAGGCUGUAUGAAAAU